AUGAAGAGGCAGAACGUGCGGACCCUCUCGCUGAUCAUCUGCACGUUCACUUACCUGCUGGUGGGGGCGGCCGUCUUCGACGCCCUGGAGUCCGAGCGCGAGCUGCGCGAGGAGGAACAGCUGAAAGCCGAGGAGACUCGGCUGAAGGGGAAAUACAACAUCACCAGCGACGACUACCAGCAGCUGGAGGAGAUCAUCAUGCAGUCCGAGCCCCAUCGCGCCGGGGUCCAGUGGAAAUUUGCCGGCUCCUUCUACUUUGCCAUAACGGUCAUCACCACCAUCGGUUACGGGCAUGCCGCCCCUGGAACAAAUGCCGGGAAGGCAUUCUGCAUGUGCUACGCCGCCCUGGGCAUUCCACUCACCCUUGUCAUGUUCCAGAGCCUUGGUGAACGCAUGAACACCUUUGUCAAGUACCUCUUGCAACGGAUGAAAAAGUGUUGCCGGAUGAGAAGCACAGAGGUCUCCAUGGAGAACAUGGUGGCUGUCGGCUUCUUCUCCUGCAUUGGCACCCUCUGCAUUGGAGCAGCUGCCUUUUCUCAUUGUGAGGAGUGGACCUUUUUCCAGGCCUUCUACUACUGUUUUAUCACAUUGACUACAAUUGGGUUUGGGGACUACGUGGCCCUUCAAACGAAAGGAGCCCUUCAGAAGAAGCCGCUCUACGUGGCCUUUAGCUUUAUGUACAUCCUGGUGGGAUUAACUGUCAUUGGGGCAUUUCUCAAUCUGGUUGUUCUCAGGUUGUUCAUGAACAUUGAGGAAGAGAGACGGGAUGCUGAGGAGCGGGCGUCUCUGGCAGGAAACCGGAGCAGCAUGGUGGUCCACAUUCAAGAGGAUUCUCAGCAUGGCCGUCCGCGGUACAAGGCUGAGGUCACCGAUCUUCAGUCCGAUUGUUCCUGCAUGUGUUACAGGUCCCAUGAAUACACUAGCCGGGUCGUUUCCCACCAAAAUUCCUUCAGCUCCAAGCUGAACCUUCAGUACUUUCACUCCAUCUCCUACAAGAUUGAGGAGAUCUCACCAAGCACACUAAAAAACAGUCUGUUCCCAUCCCCUGCCAGUUCCAUCUCUCCUGGAUUGCACAGCUUUACAGAAAACCACAGGCUGAUGAGACGGCGGAAAUCCAUUUGAAGGCAUUUUCUUUGCAGGGUGGGUGGGGGGUGCUUUUUUUCCUAAGGUUUUUUUUUUAAAAAAAAACAGUUCCU